UGCCCGGCGGGAGGGGCGGCGGCGCCCCCAUGUCGGCCUUCGACACGAACCCGUUCGCCGACCCGGCGGAGCUGAACCCCUUCCAGGAUCCCUCGGUGACGCAGCUGACAAAUGCUAACCAAGGCGGCUUGGAUGAAUUCAACCCAUUUUCUGAGAGCUCCCAGCUGACAAAUGCAGCACGGACGAUGCCUGCAACGCAGCUCUCUGGCCCCUCGCAACCUGCAGUUCUGCAGACGUCUGUGGAACCCACUCCACAGGCUGUGGCUGCAGCCGCUCAGGCCGAACUCCUUCAGCAGCAGGCAGAAUUAGAAAGGAAGGCAGCUGAGCUGGAGAAGAAGGAAAGGGAAUUGCAAAAUCAUGCAGCUGGCAUUAAUCCGAGACAAAAUAAUUGGCCACCUCUUCCCAAGAAGUGUCCAAUCAAGCCAUGCUUUUACCAGGAUUUCUCUGCAGACAUCCCAGCUGACUACCAGCGAGUAUGCAAGAUGCUGUAUUACUUGUGGAUGUUGCACUCGGUUACCCUGAUCCUAAACUUGCUUGCUUGUUUGGCAUGGUUCACAGUCAAGCCAGACAGAGGAGUAGACUUUGGUCUCUCMAUCUUGUGGUUUAUUUUAUUCACCCCUUGUGCCUUUCUGUGUUGGUACCGACCAAUUUACAAGGCUUUCAGGUCUGACAGCUCCUUCAGCUUUUUUGUCUUCUUUUUCAUCUUCUUCUGCCAAAUAGCAAUCUACAUUAUCCAGGCUGUUGGCAUUCCUGGCUGGGGAGACAGCGGUUGGAUUGCGGCUCUGUCCGAGCUGCGGGAUAACCUGGCUGUGACGGUUAUCAUGAUGGUGGUGGCAGGAUUCUUCACGCUCUGCGCAGUUCUCUCGCUCUUCCUCCUGAAGCAGGUGCACUCUCUGUAUCGGCGCACAGGAGCCAGCUUCCAAAGAGCCCAGGAAGAGUUUUCCCAAGGCAUCCUCACCAACAGGGGCUUCCAGAACGCGGCGGCCGGCGUCGCCUCCUCGGCGGCGCAGGGGGCUUUCCGGGGGAACUAGCCCGUUGCAUGGGGGUCUCCGCCUUGCUUCCUCUCGCAUCGUGACCCCAACUUUCCUUUUCUAAAGAAGCACUUUCUGCGGGUACCACGUUAGCUCUGUGAUGCUGACUCCAGAUGAGAAGAGAUCUCUUUUUUUUUUUUUUAAAAGCUUCAGCUGGCCUACAUUUAUGAUGGUUAGGUUUUCCUUCUGUGUUUUAGGGUAUGGGAAGAUAAGAGACAUUCUCUAAAGCAAAUACAUUUCUCCUUAUCCAGGACAAUGUCAAGUGUUUGUCUCACUUCCUCUGCUUGCAGCAGAAAGGUGAAGGGAAACAGGUUUUUGCRGUUUACUGAGUUUUCUAAUGGCCUUUGCUAUGAAGAAUUUGAUUAUCUACUGAUUGAGGAGUUUUGUAACUUGCAUGUAGUUUACUUUUAAGAAGAGGAAGUGUACUUUUGGUUYAUUAUACUUACAUGACACGUUUUUGACCUCUUAAUGGCUGGGCUUCCUGAGAGUCUGGGCAAGGUGAUACAAAAGAGGAGGUGGGAGCAAGCGGGAUUAGAGAGAAGGGGGAUUUUCAUGGCCUUCCUGUGUUGCCCAUCUCCUGUCCCCUUCCCCAAGGAUGCCAUGGACCCCUGGAGUCCCGUGGCUUUUCCUGGCAUUUGUUGCCAUUGGAUGUGCAGGGAAUGGCUUGGUGGGAGCUUGGCCCUUGCCACAGCCUCAAACCUGGGCAAGGAGGGAUGCGGGCUUUCCUUUCCUGAGCAGCAUUCAGAGCAGCCAGCGGUUUUGUGAGGAAAGUUGGAGGACCAGGAGUGCCUGUAUCCAGCACCAAGUGAGGGAGCCUGGAGUCGGGGAGAGGGAAGCCCCGGGGAGUGAGCAGAGCCGCUUGGCACAGGGCGUGCUGUAGGUCUUAUCCAGUCUGCUCCCCUCCUUUUCCAAGCUCGGAACACUAUUCCGUACCUGUGCCAUUCAUCUCUGCUUCCCUCUCCACUGAAAGCUUGUCCUGA